GAAGCAAUCAAGUGCGAAUCAUUCACCCAACGUUCAACAUGUCGCCUUACACUUGCUUGUUUGCCACACUUCUGGUCGCUGUCGCAGUCUCGGGAGCACCUCAUGAGGACCUCAGCAAGGAGCAUGCCGCCGAGGUGGCGCAGGAAUGCAAAACGGAGACGGGAGCCAGCGAUGAGGAAGUGCAGCAUAUGCUGCAACAUGAACCAACCGAAUCGCAUGAGGGCAAAUGUCUGCGUGCCUGCAUGAUGAAGAAAUUCGAAAUUAUGGAUGAUGCCGGCAAACUGAGCAAGGAGCACGCUUUGGAAUUGAUCAAGCACAUUAGCAAGGAUGAUGCCGAGAAGGAAUCAGCAGGCGCUGAAAUUGUCGAAAAAUGCGAAGCCAUCGAGGUCCCUGAGGAUCACUGUGAUGCGGCUGCUGCCUAUGAGAGCUGCUUUAUGGAGCACUUGCAUGAGCACGGUUUGUCGCUCGCCGAGAUCUAAGUGAUCGAGUGAUCCGACCUAUAACUGCGUAUCCCUCAAGACCCUCAUGACAAGCGCCACGCUGGCAAUAAAAUGCUUCUAGCAUAUCUUUUUUUUUUUUAAAUAUGUACUUAAUACAACUCUAGUGCCUAAGUCGUAACUGAAUAAAUCUGUGUCAACUGCAAGAAAUCAA